AGAAGCCCGCUGCAGGGAAGUCACCUGCAACCCCGGGAAGGUCAGCGAGCCCAAGCAGCCUGUCUGGUGGCCUGAUGGCAGUGGCAGCCGCCCUGGUACGUCUGCAGGCCGAGUCCAAGUGCUCCGUGUGCCUGGAUGACCUGAUGGACCCAGUCACCAUCGAGUGCGGACACAACUUCUGCCGUGCCUGCAUCCGGCAGUCAUGGGCCGACCUGCAGGAGAAGUUCCCUUGCCCAGUGUGUCGCUUUCAGUGCGAGGAGGGCUACUUCCGGAGCAACACACAGCUGGGCCGCAUGGUGCAGAUUGCCCGAAAGCUGCACAACACCCAGAGCAAGAGGAGGAGGUCAGAGAAGACCAACCUGUGUGAGAAGCACAACCAGGAGCUGAGCCUGUUCUGUGAGGAGGACCUAGAGGUGCUGUGUCCCCAGUGCCUGCAGCCCCCUGACCACUUCCGUCACCGCACGAGCCCCCUGGGGGAGGCCGCAGCUCGCCACAGGUCGCGGCUUCACAGCUACGCCAAGCUGCUCCAGAGGCAGGUGGCUGACACCCAGAAGCUGAUCAGCGAGCAGAGCAGGGCACCCCUGGAGCUGCGGGAGAAGGUGGAGGCCCAGAGGCGGCAGCUGGCCUCCGAGCUGGAGCUGCUGAGCCAGUUUCUUCAGCGAGAGCAACAGGCGGCCCUGGAGCGGCUGGCCCAGGAGCAGCGGGAGAUCCAGCAGCAGCUCAGUAACAACAUCAACGCCUUCACCAGCCAUGCAGCGUUGCUCAAGAGCCUCCUGAACAAGGCGGUGACGCACAGCGCAAUGUCCGAGGUCCAGCUGCUGUCCCAGAUCAAGCAUUUCUACCGGAAUGCUGAAGACGAGAUCAGCCCGCCCAUCUUCUCCAUUAACUUGCGGAGAGAAGCCUAUUUCUUCCCUCCGCAGUACUCUGCCCUGCAGAGAAUCAUCAAGGAAUUUAAGGUCGACAUCAUCCUGGACCCCGAAACGGCCAGCCCCAACCUGUCCAUCUCGGCGGACAGGAAAUGCGUCAGAUUUGCAAAGAAAAAGCGAAGCAGUUCUCGUCUGUCCAGAAGGCCUGGGGCCAACCCCGUUGUCCUGGGCUUCCCGGAUUUCUACUCUGGGAGGCACUUCUGGCGGGUGGAGGUGGGGGACACGCCCCAGUGGGCCGUGGGGGUGUGCAGGGCCGCACAGUCCACCAAGGGGCUGCGCCUCGGCCAAGGCUGCUGGGGCGUGCAGCUGCAGGAUGAAGGCUACAAAGCCCCAGGGGCCACAUCCAAACUGCUGCAGCUGGACGUGCGCGACCGGACCCUGGGUGUCUUCCUGGACUAUGAGCUGGGUGAGAUCUCCUUCUACGACCUACCCGCGGGCGCACACCUCUGCACCUUCCACGACUCCUUCUCAGAGCCGCUACGGCCCUACUUCUACCUCGGGCCGGAAGCCAAGCCGCUCAGGAUUAUCAGGGUGCCCUGUCAGGGCGAGUGA